CUCGCGCCGCGUGCGCAGUCUUGAGUCCGCUCGCGAUCGCACCGCCCGUGUUCGGAGCAGUUCAUAAAACCUUCGUGUUUGUGACGAAAACUAGUAAAAUGUUGGUUAAUAUUACAUUAAGCAGUUCCAUGUUAAGUGAGUAGUGGUCAUAAUGCCAGAGUGGACGGAUCAAUUCACCUUCACCAUACCCAUCAUAAGCUACACCAUGGAGCCCGAAGAACAUUCGGAGAACGAGAGGCCACAGUCGCUAACGAAGAAGAUGUCUCUACUGACCCCCGUGAAAAUAGAGGCUCCUGAUACUUGUAGGAGGAUGUCGGAACCGACUAGGUAUUACAUACCUCCGCAGUGUAACAACAGACUCUCUCCUAGAAGCGCUAGGAAACGUGAUUCUAAAAGGAAUUCUAAGACUGAUGGUUCUCCAAGUAAAGAUAGUCUAGGCCCUAAGCCUUGUAAUUGUGAGGACUGCAGAGCGUCUAGUCCAUUGCCUCCUGAAUAUGGGCCCCAAUCCAUGUCCCCUGGGUACGACCAGAUGAAGAGCUCGCUGUUGGAAGUACCUUGGAAUGAAGAUUUCACGGAGGCGUCAAGCGAUGAUCUCAGCUCUGAGUGGGAUUCAGAUGUUCCUGAACCGCCGCGGCCCGUUCAAAAGCAAUCCGAAAGAUGGCGCAAGCUUCGCAACAUCGUGCAGUGGACGCCGUUCUUCCAGACGUACAAGAAGCAGAGGUACCCAUGGAUCCAGCUGGCUGGUCACCAAGGGAACUUCAAGGCUGGGCCAGACCAAGGAACGAUACUUAAGAAACUGUGUCCCCAAGAGGAGACCUGUUUUAAAUUGCUGAUGAAGGACGUAUUGAGACCGUUCGUGCCCGAAUACAAGGGUCAAGUGACCAGCGAAGAUGGAGAAUUAUAUUUACAAUUGCAAGACUUACUGAGCAACUUCGAUAGCCCUUGCGUCAUGGACUGCAAAAUCGGAGUCAGAACAUAUCUAGAAGAAGAACUCGCCAAGGCAAAAGAGAAGACUAAGCUAAGAAAAGAUAUGUACGAAAAAAUGAUACAAAUAGACCCAAAAGCUCCAACAGAAGAGGAACACAGAAGUAAGGGCGUUACAAAGCCACGUUAUAUGAUAUGGAGAGAGACAAUCAGUUCUACAGCAACCCUUGGCUUUCGGAUAGAAGGAGUCAAGAAAGCUGAUGGAACGAGUUCUAAAGACUUCAAAACUACUAAAACUAGAGAACAGAUAGUGGAAUCCUUCAAGGAAUUUACCAACAACUUCCCCAAUUCAGUGCCCAAAUACUUGGAGAGAUUGCGGAAUAUUCGCGUUACGCUCCAAGAAUCGCAUUUCUUCAGAACGCACGAGCUCAUCGGGAGCUCUCUACUUUUCGUCCACGACAAGAGACGCGCUUCUAUCUGGAUGAUAGACUUCGCCAAGACUGUCUCCGUUCCCGAAUCCGUCAAUAUCGACCACAACACUGUCUGGAAAGUCGGAAACCACGAAGAUGGCUACUUAAUUGGCAUCGACAACCUUAUAUCAAUAUUCGAGACCAUUACAAAAGAAACUACCAUAGACCAAUCCUAUUCAAACCUCAGCUUAGACUUAGAUAAAAACUUAAGACAGGAUCGGCUCGCGACUUGAUUUUGAACAAUGAUUCUCUUAGGAGAUGUGACUUAUGUACACGCUUUGUGUUCUCCGUACUAAAUGUACGGACGUGACUCGAUGUAGAUCGCUCUAUGUCCAAAGUUCGCGACGAUGUAACAUCAUUUAAUAUUGAUUUUGUUAUUGUAAAUAGCUUUAGUUUUAAAGGAAAAAACCGUUCUGUAUUAAUAUUAAGUUGUUUGAAAUACUCAAUUUAGUAUGUAGGAUAAAAUCACCACCAAUAGUUUUAUAAUGUUAUUCGACUUGUUUAUAUUAAUCCUUACCGAUUCAUUUAAGUUUAAACCUCGACUGCCUUCAUAUAACCUUAAAAUACUAUUACUGUAAAUUUAAAAAUGUGUCGAACCAAAUAAUUUGAAAUUAUCAUUACUUACGUUUAUUGAAUAGUUAUGGAAUUAUUAAUUUGGUUAUUGUGAAUCAAUGUUAAAUGUGUUCCAAUUUAUUAUUACGUUUGUUAGAUUCAAAUUCGUUACAUUAUUUAUUUUUUCUUUAAGUACCUACACUAUAUUAGUGUAAAUAUGGAUACGUACAUUUUAGUUUUGGUAUCAAAUACAUGUUAAGACUAAUCACAUAAUGGUGGUACUAAUUAAAUUAUAUCACGUAUCUCACGUUUUUUAUUUUGAUUCCAACCAAGUCAAAUUAGAUUAAAAGCUCAGCUACCAGUGCCAAUUAUAAUUUCAUAUUGUUAUGACUGGUGGUAAAAAAAAAAUAAAAAAAAAACUAAUUUUCAAAAUGAAAAAUAAGUCACCCUCGGCGCCGCCGUCAGGAAUGGUGACCAAAAGGCUGGCAGCUAUCUUGGUCAACGGAUCAGUCUUGCCAUUCAACGUGGCAAUGCUGCCAGCCUAUUGGGCACCAUUCCUGACGACGGCGCCGGGGGUGACUUAUUUUUCAUUUUGUAAAUUAGAUAUUAUUUUUAAGUAGGUUAAGGUGAUCUGUUUUUAAAUUUUAUACAUUAGGUAGUUUUUAAGUAGGUAUUAUUUAUUUUAUAUCGAAUUCUUCAAUAACUCAGCGUUGCUGAAUCUGCAAAUAAAAUACCUUUAAACUAAAUUUAUCAAUCGUAUGAAUUCGAGCUUCUUCUAAAUAAAAGCUUAAUAGGCCUUUCUGCAAUGCCAUGAAGACUUAGUUGUUUUUAGGAGUAGAGUGGAUAUACAUGAACAUCAGAAGCUAGAUCAAUUCAUGCAAGUUCUCGUAUAAUUCUCCAUCAUCUUAAAUACGGGGCUUUCCUAGAGAAUAUGGUUCAUUAAAUUUUUCGUGGUAAUCUUGGGGAGUUACGUCGCAAAGUUCGGAGUUAGGUAGCAAAGAUAUCCUUAAGAUUGCGGAGUGAAUUUCCUUGUGAUUAAAUUUCGACCUGAGCAAUGAUUUAUUAAUUAUGAAUUUAGUAAAUGAACCUUACGGGUCAUGAGACGUACUUAAUAAAAUUUACUAUAUCCG